AUGUCGUCCUCAUCCUCAACCCCGCGCUCCCUAACGCCCCAAUCGACCGGCCUCCCCGACACACCCUCGUCCUCCGUGCCCUCCUCGCUACACAUCUCCACCUCGCUCUCCACCCUCCCGACCUCAAGCUCUCUCGACACAUCCACCUCUUCAAAUUCCCAAUUGCAAGCAAAGGAGAAGGAGGGGUCGACGUACAAAAAACCCUCAAUAGCCUUCUACCCGCACGUCAACUCGACCAACAAGCCGCAGAAGCCCUUUUCCAGGAGCGCGGCGAAGCGCGAGAGCGUGAUGGCGCUCGGCAGCAUCGAGCAUCUGCAGCAUUAUUUUACCAAGACGGGGAUCGCGGCCAGGAAGGACGCCCAAUCCUCGCGCAAAGGCCUCGUCCCCGCCCUCGGCCCCAUCGACCACACGCGCAACAAAUCCUCCAUCGCCUCCCUCACCUCGCUCAACCUCCCGCCCUCGCCCGCCAUCCCCAACCCCAUAUCCUCCUUCCAGGACAUCGUGAUCCCGCCGCACGUGCGCACGAUCGAGGUCGACCCGGAGAAUUUAAGGCCGGGCGUUAUCGAGGAUUUGAGGGUCGUUGAGCGGAUGUGGUUUAUUCGCGAGGAUGGGGAGGGGAGGGACGAGAGCAGACUUGGUGCAGGGCCGAGUCAUGAGAGUGGUGGGGAGAGGACACUCGAUGUGUUGGGCGUGCUCAAGGCGACUACGCGCGCGGUCCGCGCAGUGCGGAACUACCUCCUCUCCCUCCCCGACGAACACGACGUCUCCGGCCCGCCCACGCCUUUCCGACCCUCAACGCUCCCGCCAGGCUCACCCAAACGCCGCCUGGUAUCGCGCCCAGACGACCCAACGGACCCCCUAACCCUAAUCCGCCGCUCCGCGCUCGAAGUCCUCGCAACCCUCCGCGCGCUCGAAGAAGCAUGCCGCAUCCCGCUCUCGGACGACGCGUACGACGCCUCGUCCGACCGCGGGCCUUCCCCCGCCCCUCAACAUCCACAUCCACAACAAGCCUCUACUUCUUCCCCAGCACCCGUUGAACAUCCCCUCCCACACAUCCCCUCCCGCUCCAACAACCUUUCGCCGCCGCCUCAAUCAGAAAUUACAAGGAGCGCAAGCAGGAGUUCGGGAUCAGUCGACGACGCGCCCGUCUCCGUCCUGCACGUCCCCGGGCGCGCCGACGCGAUCCUAGUGUGGGAAGAAGAAGAGGACGAGUUCCGCGAGGAGGAGCAGCCGCGCGCCGAGGGCGAGCACUGGGAUCAACGAUUAGUAUUAGGAAGCGGGUGGCUGUACCGCCAGGACGUCACGCUCCGCACGGUCGAGCCCGAGCGCAAGAUCGUGGAGCGGUAUCUGGACGCUGUUGAUGGGGUGCUGUUUCGUGGGAGCGAGGGGGGGCGGCGGGGGUGGGAAAGGGAGGCGGAGCGGCUGGCGCGGAGGGAGGGCGCGGAGAGGAAGGGGCGGCGCGUGAGCGCGCCCGUGCACGGCGAGGGGAGCGUCAAGGAGUACCAGGCGAGCACGCGCCGCGGCCGGCGCGUCGUGUCGACGGGCAUGCUCGAGGGCCUCCAGUCGCUCGUGCUGAGCGAGGAGCCGGGCUCGAUGCACGGGAUCGCCGAGGAGGCUGAAGAUGACGAGGAGGGUGCGGACGGGGAAGGAAGCGAGCACUCCUCGAUCGACGACGACGAUCUCCCGCCCUGGGCCCGGCGCUCCUUCUCCGGCGACCGCACGCACGCGCUGCUCUCCUCGCUCCUCCCGCCCGACCUCUCAUCGCACCUCCCCCCGCCCUCCUCGCCCCCACACGAACUCUGGACCGCACUGAGCAGCGGCCAGCUCCUCUGCGUCGCGUACAACGUCGGCGUGAGGAGAAGCAGGAAGCCGUGGGGCUACAUCGCGCGCGACGGGAUCCACGAUAUCGUCGCGCUCGAGGCGGCCGCGGCGAGCGGGACGGAGGAGGAAAGGGAGAAGGAGCGCAAGGGCGGGUGGACGUUUCGCAGGACGGAUAAUCUGCGGCUGUGGGCCGCGGCGCUCAAGAUCCGGUAUAUGCUCCCGCUCGUUUUACCUGCGGCGCCGUUGCCUGUCACUGUGCAGGGCGGGAAGCACGGUGCGAAGAACGGAAGAGGCGGGGGAGGAGGGGAGGGAGGGAAUAGUGUGAAGUUCCCGAAGAAUGAAAGGCCGAUAUAUUUUGAUGCGAGGGCUGUGGCGAGGCGGGAGGAGGGGUGGGAGGAUAUGCUGCGGGUUGCGGUUGAGCGGUGGGUGAGGGGGGUCGUUGAGGAGCGAAGGGGGGAUUCGCGGUAG